GAUCGUCGGGCUCGGGGUCCAUAUUUGUUGUUGUUGCUGCAUGAAAAACAGGAACAUAAUCACAGUGCAUCGUUUUACGUGAAAUUCAAGUCGCGUACAUAUUCGCCUAAGUGUCAUUGACUCGGUGAGCGCGAUGUCUAACGCAGGUAGCAGAGCAGCCGGUGCUCAAAGAGUUUUAGCCAAACUUCAAGAUUCUUUAAGUAACGAGAAAUAUUAUGAGGCUCAUCAAAUGUACAGAACUCUCUACUUUCGAUAUUCCAGUCAGAAGCGAUACCCUGAGUUGUUAGAUUUGCUCUAUGAUGGUGCUACAAAGCUGUUGCUCAAAAAUCAGCAAGGAAGUGGAGCUGACCUGGCAAUUCUGUUUGUUGAUGUUCUAGUUACUUCUGAUGCACCGACGUCAGAUGAGAACUUCUCUAAGAUUUCAAAGUUGUUCCAACUGAUCAAUUCAGUGGCACCUGAGAGAGACACAUUCUUGACGAAGGCUCUCAGAUGGUCUGGAAUGGAUGAAACCAAAAAGGGUCACCCUCAUUUACACAAAGCAAUCGCGCAAGUCUUCUGGAAAGAAAAAAAUUACUACUUGGCCCGAUUUCACUUCAUGCACUCACCAGAUGGUAGAAACUGUGCCAAAAUGCUUGUCGAGCUUCAUGUAGCUCGUGGAUUUUCAAAUGAAGCUGACCUUUUCAUCGCCCAGGCUGUUCUUCAGUACUUGUGCCUCCAAAACAAAAAUGCUGCUAUCCUGGCCUUCACAAGUUACACCACGAAUCACCCAAACAUUAUGAAAAGAAGCCCUCCAUUCCUGCUGCCUCUUUUGAAUUUCCUGUGGUUUUUGUUGCAAGCAGUUGAAAGUGGCAAACUGGCCAUCUUCAAAAUGCUUUGUGAUAAGUAUAGGCCAAGUUUAGGAAGAGACCCAUCAUACCAGGAGUACUUGGAUAAAAUUGCCCAAAUAUUCUUUGGUGUGCGACCUCCUCCGAAUUCUAGACCACGAGGAUUGUUUGAUAAUUUCCUGCAGCAACUUCUGGGAGGCACUGAGGAAGAGUCUGACGAAGAUGGAGCCUCAGCUAGUUCAAGUUCUGGUCACAAUACUCAACCCAUGGAGACAGAGAUGGAUUAAUUGACGCCUUGUUACUAUUUGCAUAUUAUGUUUUGUUUCAAACUUGAUUGAUCAUUCAAAUUUGUCUUAAAAACUAGCCCAAACAAUAUAUCUUGAGUUACGACCUUGCAAAUUAAGCGCAUGGUAUCUUGAAAAAGCCUGGUGUCUUACAAUUAUUCAAUUAACUGGGUUGCAGAAAAUUAAUUAAGCUGUUACAUUACCAUUGUCAUCACAACGCACUGAUUAUUAUUUGCCUACUUAAACGUAAACACUACUUUUCAUUUGCUAGGCAGACUGAUGCUAACGUGGAGUCUACUAAACUAAUAAUUAUUUGUCAGACACCUAACGUCCUAACCCACACUUCGGUUUUUUGUUGACUAUGAAUCAAUAUAAUUUAACUGCUUCAUGUUAAAAAUUGUUUUUUAAAUAAAGAAUUUGUAAGGUGAUAA